CCGCGGGGGUGCUGCCUCACAGAUUGGUGCAUAUUGUGCCCUCCGUGGAGUUUUUUUGUUUUUUUGUUUUGUUUUUUUUUUAAUUCCAGCCCCACGACGCGAGUUGGAGGAACGGCGGGUGAAGCUCUCUUGUAAGCCCUGUGAGCCAUUGGGAGAAAGAUGUCUCCCCAAGUAUGGGAAUUCCAUCUGCCCUUAUCCCCAGAGGAGUUGUUGAAAAGUGGAGGGGUGAAUCAGUAUGUCGUGCAAGAGGUACUGUCCAUCAGACAUCUUCCAUCGCACCUUAAAGCUUUUCAGACUGCCUUUCGAACUCAGGGGCCCCUGGCUGUGCUAGAGCACUUUGAUACCAUCUACAGCAUUCUGCAUCACUUUCGAAGUAUAGACCCUGGCCUCAAGGAAGACACACUGGAAUUCCUCAUAAAAGUGGUGUCCCGCCACUCCCAGGAACUCCCUGCCGUCUUGGAUGAUGCAGCUCUGAGUGUGUCAGACAGAAGCGCCCACCUGAACGCCCUCAAGAUGAACUGCUAUGCUCUGAUACGCCUCUUGGAGUCCUUUGAGACCAUGAGCAGCCAGACGGGUCUCAUGAACCUGGAGCUAGGCGGGAAGGGUAGGAAAUCCCGGGCCAAGGCAACUCAUGGCUUUGACUGGGAGGAAGAGAGGCAACCAAUUCUUCAGCUUUUAACACAGCUGCUCCAGUUGGACAUCCGUCACUUGUGGAACCACUCAAUAAUCGAAGAGGAGUUUGUCAGCUUGGUUACUGGCUGCUGCUACCGCCUCCUGGAGAACCCCACCAUUAGUCACCAGAAGAACCGCCCUACCCGAGAAGCCGUAACGCACCUGCUGGGUGUAGCUUUGACGCGUUACAACCACAUGCUGAGUGCCACUGUGAAGAUUAUACAGAUGCUACAGCACUUUGAGCACCUGGCAUCCAUCCUGGUGGCGGCUGUGAGUCUUUGGGCAACUGAUUACGGAAUGAAGAGCAUUGUAGGAGAGAUCGUAAGAGAGAUUGGACAGAAGUGUCCCCAGGAGCUGAGUCGGGACCCUACCGGGGCAAAGGGUUUUGCGGCCUUCCUGACAGAACUAGCAGAGCGCAUCCCAGCCAUCCUGAUGUCCAGCAUGUGCAUUCUGCUAGACCAUUUGGAUGGAGAGAAUUACGUGAUGCGCAAUGCUGUGCUGGUGGCCAUGGCGGAGAUGGUGCUGCAGGUCCUGAGCGGGGAUCAGCUGGAGGUGGCGUCCCGGGACACCCGGGACCAGUUCCUGGACACCUUGCAGGCCCACUGCCACGACGUCAGCUCCUUUGUGCGCAGCCGCGUUUUGCAGCUCUUCACCCGAAUUGUCCAGCAGAAGGCUCUGCCCCUGACGCGUUUCCAGGCAGUGGUGGCCUUAGCUGUGGGGCGUCUGGCAGACAAGUCGGUGCUGGUCUGUAAAAGCGCCAUCCAACUGCUUGCCAGCUUUCUUGCCAAUAAUCCCUUUUCCUGCAAGCUUAGUGACACUGACCUUGCUGGACCACUGCAGAAGGAGACCCAGAAAUUACAAGAGAUGAGGGCCCAGAGGCGAGCCACAGUGCCUUCUGCAGAGCUAGACCCCACUGAGGAGUGGGAGGCCAUGCUGCCAGAGUUGAAAGCUACCCUGCAGCAGCUGCUGACGCUUCCCCAGGAAGGAGAGGGGAUGUCUGAGGGCGUUGCUGAGACAGAGACCCCCGAGGAGGUGGAAGGACGCAUCCGUCAGUUGCUAGCCAAAGCUAGUUACAAGCAGGCCAUCAUCCUCACUCAAGAAGCCAUAGGCCACUUUCGGGAGUCUGAACCCUUCUGUCAUGUGGACCUGGAAGACUCAGAGGAGACCAGGUUCCUCAGCCUCUUAGGAGCCAUCUUCAAAGGCCCAGCAGCUCCCACCCAGGAGGAGAAUCCCCAGGCGGCUGCAGGGAACUUGGGCCCAGGAGAGACUGGCUGUAAGGACAAGCCCACUGGGUCAGAGCCUGAGGAACGCAGCGAUGAGCUGGUGAAGCAGGAGUUGCUGGUGCAGUACCUGCAGGAUGCCCACAGCUUCUCCCUGCAGAUCACCAAGGCCAUCGGCAUCAUCAGCAAGAUGAUGUACGAACACACAACUACAGUGGUGCAGGAGGUGAUUGAAUUCUUUGUGAUGGUGUUCCAAUUUGGGGUACCCCAGGCCCUGUUUGGGGUGCGCCGCAUGCUGCCUCUCAUCUGGUCGAAGGAGCCUGGCGUCCGGGAUGCUGUGCUUAAUGCCUACCGCCAACUUUAUCUCAAACCCAAGGGGGACUCCGCCAGAGCCAAGGCCCAGACUUUGAUUCACAAUCUCUCUCUGCUGCUAGUGGACGCCUCAGUUGGAACCAUUCAGUGUCUUGAGGAAAUCAUCUGUGAGUUUGUGCAGAAGGAUGAAUUGAGCCCAGCAGUGACCCAGGUGCUGUGGGAGCAGGCAACGGAGAAGGCGCCCUGCUCCCCUCUGGAGCGCUGCUCCUCCGUCAUGCUUCUUGGGAUGAUGGCACGAGGAAAGCCAGAGAUUGUGGGAAGCAACUUGGACACCCUGGUGAAUAUAGGUCUGGACGAGAAGCUCCCACCGGACUACAGGUUGGCCCAGCAAGUGUGCCACGCCAUCGCCAACAUCUCGGACAGGAGGAAGCCUUCUGUGGGUGAACGUCACCCUCCCUUCCGGCUGCCCCAGGAGCACCGCCUGUUUGAGCGACUGCGGGAGAUGGUCACGAAAGGCAGCGUCCACCCAGACCCGCUCUGGGUCCCGUUCAAGGAGGCAGCCGUGGGCCUCAUCUACCAGCUGGCUGAGGGCCCCGAGGUGAUCUGCGCCCGGAUACUGCAGGACUGUGCGAAGCAGGCCCUAGAGAAGUUGGAGAAGAGUGACCACCAGGAGGCCCUGCAGGAGAUGCCCGUGCUCCCCACCUUCCUGUUGAUGAACCUGCUGUCCCUGGCCGGGGACGUGGCUCUGCAGCAGCUGGUGCACCUGGAGCAGGCCGUGAGCGGAGAGCUCUGUCGGCGCCGGGUCCUGCGGGAGGAGCAGGAGCACAAGCGGAAGGAGCCCAAGGAGAAGAAUUCAAAGUCUGAGUCCACCUUGGAGGAAGAGAUGGGGCUGGGCGGGGCCACAGCUGAUGACACCGAGGCAGAACUCAUCCGCGGCAUCUGUGAGCUGGAGCUGCUGGAAGGCAAACAGACACUGGCUGCCUUUGUUCCACUUCUGCUUAAAGUCUGCAACAACCCUGGUCUCUAUAGCAACCCAGAGCUCUCCACAGCUGCUUCACUCGCCCUGGGCAAGUUCUGCAUGAUCAGUGCCACUUUCUGUGACUCCCAGCUCCGUCUUCUGUUCACCAUGUUAGAAAAGUCCUCGCUCCCCAUCGUUCGCUCUAACCUCAUGAUUGCUACUGGGGAUCUGGCCAUCCGUUUCCCCAACCUGGUGGACCCCUGGACACCCCAUCUGUAUGCUCGCCUCCGGGACCCCUCUCAGCACGUGCGGAAAACAGCCGCGCUGGUGAUGACCCACCUGAUCCUGAAGGACAUGGUGAAGGUGAAGGGGCAGGUGAGCGAGAUGGCUGUGCUGCUCAUUGACCCUGCCCCUCAGAUCGCUGCUCUGGCCAAGAACUUCUUCAACGAGCUCUCCAACAAGGCGAAUGCCAUCUAUAACCUCCUUCCAGAUAUCAUCAGCCGCCUGUCAGCCCCCGAGGGAGGCGUGGAGGAAGAGCCUUUCCACACCAUCAUGAAGCAAUUGCUCUCCUACAUCACGAAGGACAAGCAGACUGAGAGCCUGGUGGAGAAGCUAUGUCAGCGCUUCCGCACGGCCCAGACUGAGCGGCAGUACCGGGACCUGGCCUACUGCGUGUCUCAGCUGCCCCUCACAGAGCGGGGUCUCCGAAAGAUGCUCGACAAUUUCGACUGCUUUGGCGAUAAGCUGUCUGACGAGUCCAUCUUCAGCGCCUUUUUGUCCAUCGUGGGCAAGUUGCGGCGUGGGGCCAAGCCUGAGGGCAAGGCUGUAAUAGAUGAAUUUGAGCAGAAGCUUCGGGCCUGUCACACCAGAGGUUUGGAUGCAGUAGAGGAACUUGAGGUUGGCCAAGGCAGUAGCCAAAGAGCCCCGUCAGCCAGAAAACAGCCAGCUGCCACUCGGCACCGGCCUGUGGCUUCUACAGCCUCAGACAACUUUGUCACGCCGAAGCCCCGCCGUACCACCUACCAGCAUCCAAACACCCAGCAGCAAGCUUCAAGAAAGAAACUCAGGAUUGUCUUCUCGAGUGAUGAAUCCAGCGACGAAGAACUGUCAGCAGAGAUGACAGAAGAUGAGACACCCAAGAAAACCACCCCCAUCCGCCGGGCAUCUGCUCACAGGCACAGGUCCUAGGGGCAGCCUUGCCUACCCCAACCCUGCUGUGCAAGUGUCUUAUAAAGAAUGACCCUGAAUCCAUUCCCUUUGUAAAAUACUUGUUUGCCUGUCUCCUUGGUUUUUUAAUGCAUAAGUGGUCAUUAUAACGUAAGGCUUUGCUCUUAAACUAG